GGGCAGCGAGCGGCGAUGCGCUCCGGCAGGGGGCGCUCCCGCAGUACCGCCGUGCGUCCCGCAGGGGGCGCCGCGGGGAGGGCCCCGCCCGGGGCAUGCGCCGUGAGCGCCCCGCGGCCUUUCCCGGGGGCGGCGCGGCCCCGGCGGAGCUGUGGCGCGGCGGGGUCCCGGGAGAGACGGGCGCGGUCACUGGGCUCGGCGGGGUCCCGGGAGAGACGGGCGCGGUCACUGGGCCCGGCGGGGUCCCGGGAGCGACGGGCGCGGUCACUGGGCCCGGCGGGGUCCCGGGAGAGACGGGCGCGUCACUGGGCCCGGCGGGGUCCCGGGAGAGACGGGCGCGGUCACUGGGCUCGGCGGGGUCCCGGGAGAGACGGGCGCGGUCACUGGGCCCGGCGGGGUCCCGGGAGAGACGGGCGCGGUCACUGGGCCCGGCGGGGUCCCGGGAGAGACGGGCGCGGUCACUGGGCUCGGCGGGGUCCCGGGAGAGACGGGCGCGGUCACUGGGCGCGGCGGGAGCCGGACUCAGCUGCCCGGCCGGGUGCUCGGGGCUGGCUGCCGGCAGAGCUGCCGGGGCCCCCCGGCCGUUCCCGGCUGCAGCGUGCGCUUGCGGAGAGCUUCGGGUGCGUGCGGCGAGGACGGGGCGCUGCGGAGCUCGGCCCGGGGCAGUGCGGGCUCUCCCAGCUCGGGGCUGGGCCGGGCUGCGCUUCCCAGCCGCGGGAAGAGAAGGGAGCCGGGAGGUGCCGUGGAACUGCCAGCCUACGCAAGGGCUCUCCAAGCGCAUCGGCAGGAGUGCGGCUGCAGAGAAGCGGUGCAGCCCGGCGCUGCUGCCCUGAACCGGGGUCUCGCAGGGGAUGGGGCAGUCGCAGCCGCCGCGUGAUUCCCGUGAAAUUCGGCACGCCUGGGAAGGGCUUCCCGAGCGUCCCUGUCUCCGGGGCAGCUGUGCCCUGUGCAGAGACCCUGCCUGGGCAGCCCGGCUCGGCACGGCUCGGCCCCCGCUCCCAGGCUGGAAGGGGCAGGUGGGGCCUGAGGCCACGGCACGGCAGGGAGAGGAGGCAAAGCCUCUGCACCGGCCCUGGGCCCGGCCUGCCCAGGGGAAGCUUCUGAGGGACACCGCGGGCUCCUGUGUGCCUGGAAAGCUGCGGCUGCCGGGGCUCAGGGGGUGCCCUGGCCCCUGCAGCGCUGUGAGGAAAGGGGCAGGUCAGGGCCACAGGGUGGGCUGCACUCCUUCAAGGCAGCUCUUGUUUUCAGCACUGCGUUUUGCUGCCUGCAGGGACCUGUGGUGUGCACUGGGAGCUCCUGCUGGGGCAAGAGCUUUGUCUUCCCAGAGGCAAAGCUGCAGCCUCUUCCUCACCAGGGACUGUCUCCGUGCAGGGAACAGCGCGGGGGACCGGCCGAGGGGCUCAGCCUGGCACACGGCCCCAGCAGCAGCUGCCCCGGGCACGCUGGCACGGGAGGGUGAGCCCCGGUGAGGAGCACGGCCCCAGCGUGGCACCAGGAGAGGCUGGCACGGGAGGGUGAGGCCAGGUGAGUGCUCUGAGCCGGGCAGCUUUGGGGAAGGUUGCAGGAUCUGGCAGGAAGGACGGAAUGCCCCAGUGCACACGACCUGAGGAGGUUGUGCCGGGCUGUGGCUGAGGAGAACGUGCUCUGCUGGUGGUGCUGGCCCUGCUUGGGCCACUUUGGGCUGGCAGCAGGCUGCAGCAGGGCCAGGGUUGUGGCUGUGCCCUGCCUCUGCAUGGCGCUUGGCUGUUCCUUGGGAAGAAAGUGGUGUGCUCGUGGUUUCUGUCCUGUUGUGGUGUGGUUUGGGGCUGCAUUGGCUGCAGGGAGCCAGGACAGGACCUGGGGGUGGGAUUCAGCUGUGCCUGACGUGUGUGGGAGCUGUGGCUGUGAGGGGAGCUGAGAGCAGGUGCUGCAGCACAGCUGCCCGAGGGUGGCUUCUCCCCACAGCAUCAGCAGCCACCCUGUGCUGCUGCUGGUUUGGCUUCUGGUCACAGACACGCGGGGACAAUCCUGCCCUGCUCCCCCUCCCGGGGCCUUCUGGUUGUUCUGGGCCCUUUGUGGCCUCUGUCAUUUCCUUCUUGGUGCUGGGCCUGGCUCAGCGUUGCUGGAUGAGCGUGCCCUGUGGUGUGUUCAGGCUGGGGCAGGGUUGUGCCUGGCUCAGAGGUGUUUAUCAGGAUGUGCAGCACAGCCUGUGGCUCCCCGGGCAGGCUGAGGGGAGCCAGGGCAGGGCCAUGGGCCAGCCCUGUGUGGGCACAGCCCCCCUCAGCCCCUGUUGUUUGGUGGCUGGUUACCACAGUGCCCCUCACUGAGCUUGCAGCAACCUGUGCCUCUUCCUGUGCUUUCUGGGCGGAAAUGUGCAUUAUUCGGGCUGUGCCCUGAGCUCUCCCAUUGAGAUUUCUCCCUCCGUGUCCUCAGUGCGCAGUCUGUGCCCAAAGCAGGGAGCAGCAGGGAGGGAAGGGCUGCCCCUGCCUGGGAGGGGGACAGGCAUCUCCUGUGGGCUGUGUGGGGCUGUGCUGUGCGCCCUGGGGGUGCUGGCUGAGCCCCUUGUUGGGGACAGGCACCUCCUGUGGGCUGUGUGGGGCUGUGCUGUGCGCCCUGGGGGUGCUGGCUGAGCCCCUUGUUGGGGACAGGCACCUCCUGUGGGCUGUGUGGGGCUGUGCUGUGUGCCCUGGGGGUGCUGGCUGAGCCCCUUGUUGGGGACAGGCACCUCCUGUGGGCUGUGUGGGGCUGUGCUGUGCGCCCUGGGGGUGCUGGCUGAGCCCCUUGUUGGGGACAGGCACCUCCUGUGGGCUGUGUGGGGCUGUGCUGUGCGCCCUGGGGGUGCUGGCUGAGCCCCUUGUUGGGGACAGGCACCUCCUGUGGGCUGUGUGGGGCUGUGCUGUGCGCCCUGGGGGUGCUGGCUGAGCCCCUUGUUGGGGACAGGCACCUCCUGUGGGCUGUGUGGGGCUGUGCUGUGCGCCCUGGGGGUGCUGGCUGAGCCCCUUGUUGGGGACAGGCACCUCCUGUGGGCUGUGUGGGGCUGUGCUGUGCGCCCUGGGGGUGCUGGCUGAGCCCCUUGUUGGGGACAGGCACCUCCUGUGGGCUGUGUGGGGCUGUGCUGUGCGCCCUGGGGGUGCUGGCUGAGCCCCUCCCUGCAGAGACAGAGGAGACGCUGCUGCACCUCGUCCCCAGGAGAGCUCCUGGCUCGCUCCUGCUCUGGGGUGGAGCUGGGAGCCACCUCCCUGCAGAGAGCAGCACUGGCCUGGCUGCGCUCCCGAGGGAGCAGCCUGGGCUUCCCGCUGCUCACAGCUCCUGGUCAGGGACAUCCACGCCUGCGCCUGCCCGGGAAUCCCGGCUGCCCUAGUUUGGGACCCAGCCACGAGACAGUGGUGCUGCAGCUGCAGGUGUUACCCAGUCCAGCUUGCUGAACCUCCAGCUCUGGCUGUGCUGUGUUCUUCCGUCCAGCUCUGGAGCUGAGAUGCUCCACUUGAUGGCUGCUCCAGUUCCUUCCAGCUCUGUUUUAAUAACUGCUGGUUUUUGUUACUAGCCAGUUUAAAAUUCCAGCUAAUUGCAGUUACCUGGGAUUUUGGCCAAGCUGUAAAUGACUCACUGUCAUCAAUUGCACGUAACUAUUAACUGUCAUGAAGUUACUGUCUAAAUAGAAGCCAUAACUGAUGUAGUGGUUGUACUCAAUAAACGGCUGGACGUGGAAAA